AUGGCGAUAAUUAUUGAUGAGAUCUGGAGGACAAGGAACCUGAUCCAAUUCCAAGAAGGUAAUGCCAAUAUUCACAAGUCGAAGCAUAUUGUGCUUUCAAGAUUUGUAGAGCUGUCUAAGACCUUCUCUGUCUUGAAUACUACCCCUUUUGUGCAACCCAGUUCUGAGUGGACCCCUCCCCCCCUAGGCUGGAUCAAGCUCAACGUAGAUGCCGCACUGAACAACUCCAGAUCUGCUUUAGCUGUAGUUGCCAGGAAUUACGCUGGUGAGAUUCUGUUUAUUUGGGGAUCUGGUUAUCAUCUUUGUGCACCAUCUCAGCCAGAAGCAGCGGCUACUCUGUGGGCAGUCCACCUUGCAAUACAAGAACAUUGGAAGUCUAUCAUUAUUGAAGGGGAUGCACAAGUGUGCUUCAAUGCUCUUUCAUCACCUGACUUCGCUCCUGACUGGAGCAUUAGCACCUCUGUGCAGUUGUUUGCUUUGUUGGAUCAAUCUAACUCAGAUUUCAAGGCUUAUAGUGAGACAUCUUCUCAAUGA